GGACCACCUGGAACAGUGGAGAGAGGAUGGCUGGCGGCCACGAAUAGAGGACCAACGGAGAAGUAAGGUCAAGGACACUGGGACGUUUGGGGGUGAAAAUAAGCCCCAGGAGGGAGAAUCACCAGGCUCCUGAAGGUAGCAUGGAGAACCACAGAAACCUCUCAGAAACCUCUUGAGAUGAGCCACACCACAGACUUUCAGAAGCUUCCUUGCUGGAGAAACAGGAACCAAAGACGGUCAGAGCGAGGUAUCCAGGCCUUCACUGUGAAGAAUUCGGUAAACAUAGAGAGGAUCGAUGCAAGAAAGAUGAAGAUGGAAGAAGUAGAACUCACUGAGAACAUUGGGCUGCCGGUGAAUCUGCUUGAGAAACACGACCCGUGGCCCGCCUAUGUCACUUACACCUCCCCGGUGGUGAAGAGGCUCAUUGAGAAGAGCAAGGCCAGAGAGCUGGAGUGCUUGCAAACGGUGGAGGAGAGUCGGCGGGUGGGCAAGCAGAGCAAGCCAGCCAGCCUCAUCCAGCUGAAGAGGAGAAAGUCCUCCAAGUCCUCGGGCACCGCCACCUUCAAGGACCUGAGGUCCGAGACCAUGCUGUCUGUGUGGGACCCCCUCUCCAUGUCGGCCACGGGGCCCCCGAGGGUCCCAGAGACCCUCCACCUGCACUCGGACUCCAGGGCGAGUCCCACCGCCAGCUACAACAAGAUCAUCUUUGCCCGGGCACCCACCGUGAGGACGCUCCCUUACACGGCCGGGCGGCCAUCGGAAAUGUUUUGCCUCUAGCCAGAGUCCCCGCAGCUGACCCGCGAGCUUGUAUGGCAAUUAAGCGCCGUUUGCCACA